UGCCCGCGGUCUGGAGAUUGAAACGUUAAAAACACGUCACUCAAAAUUUUCAUACGGCGGGAAACAGAGACAGAAACCAACUAUAACUCCAAAGUCCAGACCAAUCUCUGUCUGCACAAUUGGUUAUUCAAUUUUACUGAAAAUCAUCUCGAGAAGGGUUUGGACUAUCUUCUCAGAAUAUUUCCUAGCAGACUGAUAACUCCACUUGCUGUAAAAAUCAGUGUGCAACUUAGACCAUUGUUAUGUCUCUCAAUAUUAAAAGCACAUUGGUGAACAGUGAGUUCCUACAACUACAAGAGGCAAAUAAUUUUGUCAAAGCAGCUUACAAGGAACUUAUGACAAUGGCUUAUGAAGCAAAAACUUGGGUUGUUGGAACACCAGCAGUUGGUUCAGUUGAAGAUUUCCUUUCGAUAUUCCAAAGUUCGCCUCCAUCUGGAAUGAGAGCUGAGUGUUCCAUUGAAAGUGCUUUUCUUCCAAUUUCUCCAGGAAAUUUGAUUACCAUCUUAAUGGAACCGAGUCAGUGGCCUUCACUUUUGCCUAACAUUGUACUUGAAGGAUCAAGCCAUGCUCCUACUGGUGUUUUCCAGUGGUUGGAUGAUGAUAACUCCAGGACAUUCUAUGCAAUGGUUGAUGCCGAAUUUCAAUUACCAACACCGUUUGUGCCAACAAGGAAAUUCCGUUUCUUAAGAUGCCUAAAGAUGAUACCACCAGGUGUGUGGGUGAUUGUUGAUUUAUCAGAAGAUUAUUUUAUUCAUACACCUUACUCUACCAUGAAGAAUCGGCGUAGGCCUUCUGGGAUAAUAAUCAGGACGCAUGGUGAUUCUUGUGAGGUUAUAUGGAUUGAGAGUGUGGAAGUGGAUGCAUGUCUAGAUCAAAACAAUAUAUUUUUAAGUAUGGUAAAUUCAAACCUGGCAUUCUGUGCAAAGCGAUGGGUUAGUACAUUUCUACAGAGGUUGAAGCGAAGUGUUAGUUCAUUUACCAAUCUUAAGAUACCAGUGGACCACCAAGCUCAAGCAGUUAUGCUAAAAUUGACUGACUGCAUGGAGAUGAUCUAUUUUAAUUGUGUUAGUGAAGCUCCCAGUGCAUAUAGAUGGGAUAUUAUAUCAGACCAAGGGGUGAGGAUUUUGUGGGAUAAAGCUAUGUACAAUUCACAUACGCUGGGCUGUAACACUUUUGUUGGAUUGACUAGCUUCCGUGUGCCGGUAAAACCCCUUAGGGUUUUCAAUUUUCUGGUCAAAAGGAAACUUGAAUUGCAGUGGCCUAGUUUGUUAAAUGCUGAAGAGCCUGAAGAAGUGAUUAAGCUUGUGGCAGAAGAUGACAGUAACUGUAUUACUUUACAUAGGAAAGUAGUUCCUCAAAAUGAGUCCACCGAGCGUUAUGAAUACAUCUUACAAGAGGCUUCGAAAGAGGAAUUCUGUUCCUUUGUUAUCUCAUCACCAAUAACCCAAUCACAUAUCAAUGCUGCUUUUUCCUCGGGAAUGAUCACUAAACACUUAAAACCAUCAGGUUUUGCAAUAAUGCCUGAUGGGUCAGAGGGUCUAGAGUCAGAUGCCUCUUUAGUGACUAUUGCUGUGCAACAAGAUCUUGAUGCUGCAGAAACUUCUCGAGCCAUUGAAGCCAUGAGAAAUGUCAUCAUUGCUAUGAUUAAAGAGAUAAAAGAAGAAGUCACAAGUGACGGGAAAACAUCAAGUCAAAGUUAGGACUCCACCAAUCUGGAAACGAGGCACAAUCGCUUGUAUAGUUUUGAUGUGCUCAGUUUUGCAAUUCUUAGUCUCAAUUUUAAAUCAUGUAACAUUGCUUGUUAUACAGUGAAACUGACUAAACAGUUCAAUAUAUUUCAGAUUAUCAUAA